UGCCCAUAAAAUGCUGAAAGUGCCCGUCCUUGUAAAGCAAACCAAAGAAAGCUUACCACCUCAAAAAUGGAAGUUCAUGUAGUGAGUUCUACAGUCAUUCCCCAGAGCCUACCUCCCACCGAAACUACCAAAAUACCCAUCACCGUCUUCGACAUGGUCAUACCAAACAUGCAUGAAGCCGUGUUAUACGCCUUCAUGCCGCUGACACCAACAAACACCACUUUGAAAGAUGGCUUAAUGAAAGCUCUAAAGCUCUUUCCUACCCUAGCAGGCCAUCUCUCAGACAACAAUGAUCGUCGCCGUCCAUCUGUUUCAGUUGGAGGCAAUGGUGGAGGUGUUCUGAUGGUGGAGACGAAUGUAGCAAUGGAAUUACUAGAUAUUUUGCCGCUCGAACCAUCACCAAAGCUAGUGCAGUUGCACACUCAAACCGACGUAGCCCAGCACUUACUCCAAGUCCAGUUCAACCGCUUUUCUUGCGGUGGCCUAGUGAUUGGAAUAACGAACCAUCAUCGAGUGGCUGAUGGUAAAUCAAUGAGCUCCUUCUUUGUUACGUGGGCGAAGUUGGUUCGUGGGCUCCACAUAGACAAGUUUCCAGUCUAUGAUCGAACCAUGCUAAUACCUCGGGACCCACCAAGAUGUGAUCAUGACCAUUAGGGGAUUGACUUUCAGCUCUUUCCACUGCCACCAUCUUCUCUUCCUUCUCCCUUUAAAUCUAACAAAGUAUGUAACGUGGUGGUCCACUACAGUGUGGAUUUCAUAUCAAAGAUCAAAGCUCAAAUGCCACGUUAACAUUCUACGUUCGAGAUUUUAGCGGCCCACCUUUGGAAGAAAGUAACAAGGGCUCGUGGGCUUGAUCCCGAUACGCUUAGUGAGAUGAGUGUGGCCGUGAAUGGACGGUCAAGAUUGCGGCCAGCUGUACCAUCGGAGUACUUCGGCAACAUGGUCCUCAACACCAUCCCAAGAGCGCAUGUGAGGGAGCUGAAUGAAGGGAGCGUCGAGGAUGUGGCACGAUUAGUGCAUGAUGCAGUGGGACGGAUCGGGGACGGGUAUAUCCGGUCAUUGAUCGAUUUCUGGGAGAUCAACGGUGGGGAUGAGUUGGUGUCGUUGCAGAUGUUGAGGGGCCCGUUUUGUGCCCUAAUCUGGAAAUUGAUAGCUGGUUAGGGUUUCCUUUCCAUGAAGUGGAUUUUGGGGCUGGAGGGAACUUAUGUGGUUUUCUUCCUUCAUGGGUCCCGGUAGAAGGUCUGGUGAUCUUGAAACCCACAUUGAAUGUGGUUGGCAAAGGUGGUGUGGAUGCUGUGGUCGCUCUGUUUGAAGACCACGCACGGCUCUUCAAGCAGAUCUCUCAUUCCUUAGAUUAGUUUGUAGAUACAACGUUCACGUUAGUGAGAUCCCAGCCGUUCAUCAGACUUUUCACACUGUUUAUAUGCGUUGCCUAAAAUAUCAUGCUAGUUCAAUAAUCAGGUCAGCCGCAUAUGUGCAAAGUAAUUGGACGUCUCAGUGAAUUUUGCGAUGUGUGGCCGAUGUGAUUAUCUGAUUAGCCCGAAUUUUGAGAUGGGGCAUUUAUCAGUGUGAUCAUCUAUCUGAUAAGUGGCUUGGAUUUUAAACAUGUUUGGUAUGUGUAUGAUGUGAGAGUGUAGAAUAAAUGUGUUUGUUCUGGUGUUUUAGCUUGUUGGAUAAAAUGCUAUGCUGUGGUUUGUUAUUUCUUAGAUAACAAGCAGU